UAACGGUACAUCCAAAAAGGACCUUAGUUCAGUAAGAGCAGGGGUGUGACGUGGGAUUUAACAAAAGUCUUAUCCGCCACUGAAGAGCUCGCGCUUGACGGUGAAAAGAGAGAGGAAGCCCGACUUCCAUGUACCAUGGUCUCUGCAAUUCUAUCUCCAUCACUCCCAACCCCUCUCUUCCCCACUUCUUCCACAACUCGUAACCCUAGCCUGCAAUGGAGUAGCAGAAACCCUAAGAGACUCACUGUGGUGGCUACUUCUUCAACCAUUGUUCUGGUUGAUAAGGCGGAGGCGACCAAGGUCAACCGACUCAAGCAUCUUUACAAUGAAAAAGUUGUCCCUCUCCUCAAAGAAGAAUUCUCUUACACCAACAUACAUGAGGUUCCCAAAAUUGAGAAGAUAGUAGUUAAUUGUGGCAUUGGGGAUGCAGCACAAAACUCCAAGGGUUUAGAAGCUGCAAUUAAGGACAUGUCCCUCAUUGCUGGCCAAAGGCCAGUCAAGACACGUGCGAGAGUGUCCAUCGCAAGCUUCAAGCUCAGGGAAGGCUAUCCCGUGGGCAUAGCUGUCACUUUAAGAGGAAAUAUGAUGUUUUAUUUUUUGGAUCGCCUCAUAAAUCUGGGGCUUCCUAGGACACGAGAUUUUCAGGGUUUGAAUCCCAACAGCUUUGAUGGUCAUGGGAACUUCAGCAUUGGAUUGCGUGAACAGAGUGUGUUUCCUGAAAUUGCGUAUGAUGCAAUUGGUAAGCCCAGGGGCAUGGAUAUUUGCAUAACCACGACUGCAAAGACUGAUAAUGAAGCUCAAAAACUGCUUGCUCUUCUUGGGAUGCCGUUGCGUGAAAGUGGACCUACCACACCAUUAGUUCGCAAAAAGAAGAAAAAGGCACAUCACUUCGACUCAAAAUCAAAAUUACGAGGCAAAAAGUGAUCCUCUUAUCAGUUUCUUUCACUUUCCCAUUUGGCUUAUUUCUUGUAGCGUGUUGCCGAUUUUGUUUGAUGCUAUUUAUUUUGGAUUAAAUGCAUGGAGGCUGGCUAGGAGAGCUUAUUUGUACAAGUACCUCUGCGUUGUAUCUUUUAUGUGCUUCUUAAUUACUUUCUUGUUGUACAUUAUGGUAAAACUUUCACAGAAGAGUCCCCAUUUUCAGAAUGUACUAGGGUUUUCUACCCCACUACUUAGCACCUCUUUAACCCAUAUGGGAUCUUUGUGUUGGGUAUAUGCCUUCUUCAUUGCUGUAAUGCUGUUUUUUAAGCAAAGUUAAUACCAGUGGGAGGGUAAUUCGUCAA